AUGAUCAGACGAUUAAACCCGUUAACAGCAAUAGUAUAUCGACGAUGGAACUAUAUGGACACUGCACACAAACAAGAACCGUCGAUAAUUAAUGCAGAAUGUGCAAAAUGGUGUUAUGAACAGAUGAGAACAGCAACAGAUUCUGAAACAAUUGUCAAAGCAGAGAAAUCUGAUGCGACGCAGUCCAUUGAUCAAUUACAACAACAAACAAUUGAACUAAUUCAAAGUGAAUAUCCGAAUCAUGUUUAG